AUGUAUGCCAUGGAGACAGUGCGGGCUGUUCAGAAAGACUUCUGCCGUGGUGUGCAAGAGGACUCCAUGCUUGAUUCCAUGAUGAUCGAGAUGGGGGAGGACAGCUUCAUGACCAACCUUGUCCACGAGAAGUAUCAAACUGGCGGGGGCAUUCGGUUCCUUCCUCAUUGUUGGGCCACGUCCUUCAUGCCGGAGACAUGGAAUGAGUAUUUGGCUCAGCAGUGCCGGUGGAAGCGGUCUCACAUGGGAAAUCGAGUGAGUGUGCUCUUCAACAAGCCUGAUGCCUGGCUUUGGAAACCGUCCCGCUGGAUCUUCUGGCCCAUCUACGUCGCUUCGUUCCUUUGGACGCCCUUCCUGGCCCCGGCGACGCUGACCUUGUGGUUCUCCUUCCUCGCAGGCCGCGUGCUGGAGCGCUUCUUCGAGUUGGAGGACAUGACAUGCUCUGCUUUUCCGUGGGUUUCCUUCGGGGCUCCAGCGCGUCAGAGCAUCCCAGCGCUGAUUCAUGGACUGCUGUGGAUAGUCCUGACUUUCUACGCUUUCGCCUCCGCCGGCUGCUCCGUGGCUCAGCGGCGCUGGCUUCACACCGCAGGCACUGCCUUCUUCAUGCUCCUUGGGGCCUCGCAGCUGGCCGUGCUACUUGUGGGCUAUGGCGCAUGGAAGAACCCUUUGUUCUGGGGCUCGACUUUGGGGCUGUGUCUGCUCAUGAUGGCAGCACAGGUGCCCCACGGCCUUCGCAGGAUGUGGGCGGGGCUCUUGAUCUUUGUGGUUCCUCUCACCACGUUCAUCGAGAACUUGCAGCAGCCAAUUGUAGCAGUGGCCAAUGCUGAUGGACUGGGUGCCAAGUGGGGCACGCGCGGGAAAGCCUCCAAGGGCAAGCAAGUACGACGCUGCUGCUUCGGCAGCUCGAAAGGGGACUCCGAAGAAGAGAGCCAGCAACAUUAUGCUCGAGAGAUCCGUCUCUGGAGCCGGCGUGUCUUGCUGCCGACAUGGUUGGCCGCCAACUACGGACUGGGAGAGUGGGUCUUCUCCAUGGACUACGUGGACACAGUUGCUAUCGUCUUGUCCCUGAUGAUGGCAGGCUUCAUGCUCUUCCACCUUUGCCUGGGAUUGUUGUACAGCUUCUGGCUGGCCAUCAAUGUACGCCGGCGCGCGAGCGGGAGUCAGAUGUGCCUGGCGUAG